AUGUGUCGCCCUCCUUACACAGUCGAAUUGACUCCUCGGACCCUACCGCCAGCAUUUCGAGAAGAUGCACUCACUCGGCCACGUCUAAUCGUUGUCAGUGCCACCUCAGCCAGUCCGAGCACUAGACCGCUGCUUUGGCAGUCGGUAUUCCCCAGGGUGCCAGGUCAAGAUGUCAGACACGAAAGCGCAAGAGCACUACUCCGUACUACCAGAGUAUCUGAACUGAGUACUGCUCAGGCAACACGACACAUGUAUGUCUCACGCAUCUUAUUAUCAGAUGCCACGACACGAACAACCUUACGAUUCUUUGGUCAGUGA